AUGUCUACUCCAAGCUCACACAGACCGCGAAAGAAGCGGAAACAAGGCCCAGGUCUGCUUCGGAGUAACACCAUCACCGACAUUGUCAGGGUCGCAUCUGACGACAGCGAUGCCAUCACUCCAGAAUUUCCGCUGGUGGCCUUCCUGUGGCCAGCUCGAGGAACUACAUCUCAAUGGAUUCUUCUGCCUCUGAUCUUGCUGGUGGUCGGUCUGUUCAGAUGGAGCGUGGGUCUUUGGGGUCACUCUGGCUAUAUGUCACCUCCUAUGUACGGGGAUUUUGAGGCGCAAAGACAUUGGAUGGAGAUCACGACACAUUUACCGGUCUCGAAAUGGUACUUCUAUGAUCUCCAGUAUUGGGGACUUGACUAUCCACCCUUGACGGCAUAUCAUUCAUGGCUCUGUGGCAAAAUUGGAUCAUUGUUCGAUACAACUUGGUUUGCGCUUGACACGUCUCGAGGCAUGGAGGAGCAGAAUCUCAAAGUCUUUAUGCGUGGGACCGUCGUCCUAUCCGAAUAUUUGAUUUACGUCCCAGCCUUGGUAGUCUUCCUUCGCCAUUACAGCCGGACCCACGGCACUGGAACAACGUCCAUGUCCGUCGCACUCGUCGCCAUACUUAUGCAACCUGCGACGAUGCUCAUCGACCACGGCCAUUUCCAAUACAAUACGGUGAUGCUCGGCUUUGUCAUUGCGACCCUUUCGAGCAUAUAUGCAGGUCGGCUUCUCUGGUCGUGCAUUUUCUUCGUCGCCGCUCUCGGGUUCAAGCAAAUGGCGCUCUACUACUCCCCUGUCAUCUUCGCCUAUCUUCUAGGCUCUUGCUUGACUCCACGGGUUCGCCCGGGGCGACUCAUCUCGAUCUCGAUUAUCACCAUUCUCGCAUUUGCCAUAUUGUUUGCUCCUCUACUGCUGGGAUCGCUUUAUGACGGCUAUCGACAGAUUUCUUUCGAUGCCAUGCCCACCCCUCCCUUUCUCGUGGAAAGAAGAAUAUCUCUCAACCCUCGCAAUCCCUACGACAUGAUCUUUCUGCAGAUCAGCCAGACCAUUCACCGAAUCUUCCCCUUCGCUCGCGGUCUGUUUGAGGACAAAGUCGCCAACUUCUGGUGCUUCACCAACACUUUCUACAAGCUACGCAAAUUGCAAGCAAUCGUCGACCUUCCUCGUCUCUCUGCUAUCGCCACGCUCGCCUCCGGCCUACCAACGAUGCUUGUGGUCUGCGCCGUUCCAAAGAAGACGUUGCUACCGUACGCAUUGGCUACCUCCGCCUGGGGCUUCUUUCUUUUCUCGUUCCAAGUACACGAGAAGUCGGUGCUUCUACCAUUAUUGCCGAUGACGCUUCUCCUUGCUAGUAAGCAGGGCCUCAGCAAGGAGUAUCGAGCGUGGAUUGGGUGGGCCAAUGCAGUGGGUGUUUGGACAAUGUACCCACUGUUGAAGAGAGAUGGCCUCACGAUCCCGUAUGCCGUGGUAUCGCUUCUCUGGGCAUACUUGCUCGGUCUGCCGCCGACAAGCGUCAGUGCAUAUUACGAUGCUGCGCAUGAGAACAUCAUCGGCCGACCAGUCACACCGGACGAUCUGUCAACAAUGACCAAGAUUUUCCACUUCCAGACGUAUGUUGUAAUGGCGUUCUGGUAUGUGCUUGCAGCAUUCGCAACUCCGCCUGAGGAUAAGCCGGAUCUCUGGGUUGUGGUUAACGCGUGCAUUGGCGCGGCUUGUUUCGGCGUCUGUUACCUGUGGUGCUUUUGGAAAUUGAUAUUGGAGAGCGGACUGCUAGACGGGUAUUUCGAGGAUCGAGCAGAAGUUCAAGAGGAUGAUAGGACCCUGAGAGAGUCCUCGGCUGUGCCAGAUAAAAAGAAGAGUAAGUGA